AUGAAUAUGGAUCAUGAGAUUAAGAGGGUGUUUGUUUUUUCUUUGCAGUCGUCGUCCAACCUCCCACCUUCCCAGAAAAAACCCUCGAUCGAUCGUACUCCAUCUUGCAGUGACCAGCACCAUCGCAACCCUCCUCUCCGAUCAAAACCAGUGAUCGCCGCCUUCCUCUCCGAUCCGGCGUCCUCCGAUUUUGCGACCAUCACGGUCGAUUGCAGCAGCGACGAGCGAACAACAAGCACAGCGACAACUUCAACUAGCGACCAAUCUGAGAUGGGAGAAAAACAACAAUGGACCAAUGAGCAUUUAAAAUGCUUAUUGGAUACUUGUACUGAAGAAGUAGAGAGUGUUGGUAGAAAAGGAUUGAGUUUGCAGAAAGAUUCAUGGAUAAGGCUUGGAAGAGUUCUUAAGGAGAAAUUUGGGGGGCAUCCGAAAGCUGCUACUUUGAGAACAAUUCCACUGCCUUUUCCAGACCUUUGUGCACGUCUUUUUGAUGGAAAUAGUGCUACUGGUAAUUUUAGGAGUUACUCAACCCAAUCAUCAUCAGUAGCUGGCUCAUCCUCCUGUCGUGUUCCACCACUUCAAAUCACCGCCACCCCUUUUGAUGCAAUGGAUGAUGCUGGUGUUGACACUUCUCAUCAUGAGCCACCACCUUCUGCUGCUUCACCUUCUACUGCUUCACCUUCUGCUGGUUCACCAUAUACUACUACACCAUCCGGUAACCCCAACAAAAGGGCUAAACUCUCAACUCCUGUAGCUCCUAGUGCCUCACCAUCUGCUUCUUCACCUGAUGGAACUUCUGUUACUACUGACGAUUUAGCAUUGGAAAUGAAGAAAGCUCUACAAAGUUUGACUAAAGGGUAUACAAUUCCUUAG